UCACAAUACGCGACUUCGCUUCAUCGUUCCAGUGCUAGCUCGUUUUCUCUCCUUCUUCCGCGACGAAUCUUUUGUCAUUUGCCCGAAAUCGGACACCAAAAUCUGCCAUUUUCAUUGCCUCAAUUGUGAUAUUUUCCUAGCUGUUCUGUCUCAGUGGUUUUUAUCUCGGUGUAUUUUAUAUCGUUAUUUUUGAGAAGCGAUUAUUCUUUGCUUUGUCCUCCUCCUCUUCCUCUUUUCGAUGCCCUUCUCGUGAGCACGUCAUCUCAUCGAGUGUCAUCAUCAUUAUCAUCAUCAUCAUCUUUUCUUUUCUCCUCAAAUCUUAUCAUAAUGCGUGAAUGCAUCUCAGUCCACGUCGGCCAAGCCGGAGUCCAGAUCGGUAAUGCCUGUUGGGAGUUGUACUGCCUGGAGCACGGCAUCCAGCCUGAUGGUAACAUGCCUGCUGAUAGCACCAUCGGAGGUGGUGAUGACUCCUUCAGCACCUUCUUCAGUGAGACUGGAGCUGGCAAGCAUGUUCCCCGUGCCGUCUUCGUCGAUCUCGAGCCAACCGUAGUCGAUGAGGUCCGCACCGGUGUAUACCGCCAGCUCUUCCAUCCUGAGCAGCUGAUCACCGGCAAGGAGGAUGCUGCCAACAACUACGCCCGUGGUCACUACACCGUCGGCAAGGAACUUGUUGAUCAAGUCUUGGACAAGAUUAGGAAACUGGCUGACCAAUGCACAGGCCUUCAAGGUUUCCUGGUAUUCCACAGCUUCGGUGGCGGCACCGGCUCUGGCUUCACCUCCCUGCUCAUGGAGCGUCUCUCCGUCGAUUACGGAAAGAAGUCCAAGCUCGAAUUCGCCAUCUACCCGGCACCUCAGGUUUCCACCGCGGUUGUGGAGCCCUACAAUUCCAUCCUGACUACUCACACAACACUUGAACAUUCCGAUUGCGCUUUCAUGGUCGACAACGAGGCCAUCUACGAUAUCUGUCGUCGUAACCUCGAUAUCGAGCGUCCCACCUACACCAACCUCAACAGGUUGAUCAGCCAGAUCGUCUCAUCCAUCACGGCUUCUCUGAGAUUCGACGGCGCCCUCAACGUCGAUCUGACAGAGUUCCAGACCAACUUGGUGCCCUACCCACGUAUCCAUUUCCCCCUGGCCACCUACGCCCCAGUCAUAUCUGCUGAGAAGGCCUACCACGAACAGCUGACUGUUGCUGAAAUCACUAACUCCUGCUUCGAGCCCGCCAACCAGAUGGUGAAGUGCGAUCCCCGUCACGGCAAGUACAUGGCCUGCUGUCUCCUGUUCCGUGGUGAUGUCGUCCCUAAAGAUGUCAACGCCGCAAUCGCUACUAUCAAGACCAAACGUUCCAUCCAGUUCGUGGACUGGUGUCCAACUGGCUUCAAGGUCGGUAUAAACUACCAACCGCCCACCGUCGUCCCUGGUGGUGAUCUUGCCAAGGUUCAGCGUGCCGUCUGCAUGUUGAGCAACACUACCGCGAUCGCCGAGGCCUGGGCUCGUCUCGACCACAAGUUCGAUCUGAUGUACGCCAAGCGUGCUUUCGUCCAUUGGUACGUCGGAGAGGGUAUGGAGGAAGGAGAAUUUGCCGAAGCUCGUGAGGAUUUGGCUGCCCUCGAGAAGGAUUACGAAGAAGUCGGAGUCGACUCAAACGAUGGUGAAGAAGAAGAGGCUGAAAUCGAGGAGUAUUAGAAAGUAGUCCUCACUUUUAUGAGGAUUGUACCCGCUUGCUGAUAAGCAGCUAUUCUAUAAUGCAUUCAAAAUUUGUAUUCUUUGUGGCAAUAUUGUUAAUGCCUGUUGUGUGCAAUUCUCUUAUAUUUAUGUAGCCAAUUUAUUCUAGAGCAGAGAGGCAGAUAGAGAUAAUGUAGUCUCCUCAUAAGAGAAAGAUGAAACCUAAUUUGAAUACCCUUGAGGUUUGACAUUUUAAUUCAAACACCUACAGAUGACCUGCUAAAGGUGAACAAAAGUUUUUACCUGUUCAAUGCGGGUUUAAGGUCGAUAUUGUAUGAGACAUUGUAUUGUAUAUCGGUAUCGUAUGUCUUCUUAUUAAUGUUAUGAGGGUUCAUAAGACCGGUGGCCUACAAGACGGACAGCCCUAGAGGCUGACCCUGUUGAUCUCGUAGGCCUUCUGACUAUUUCUUGAGGGUUCACGAGGCUGUCACUGUUGGUGUAGUGUGCCAUCGGUCUAAUGAACUGUCGGUCUCGUGGAUCUCUGAAAAGUUAUCCGAGGGUUCAGGAGAUCAAUGGCCAAUAAGACUCACUGCCUUCGAGUCCGACAUGCCGGUCUCAAAGGCCUUCUGACACUUAUACUUAGGGAUUACGAGAACGACAUUGUUGGUCUGGUGUGUCGUCGCACGCCGGUCUUAUGGACUGUUGGUCUCGUGAGCCGUUAGUCUACUGAGAUGUCUCGUUUAAGUCAACAGGGGUGCAUUUCGUAAAGGCCGUACCAAAAAGAAGUA